ACCUAUGGCCGAGGGCUACGUGAAAAUACAAGUAGUUGAAAUCUAUCAGUUGUACAAGAAAACGUCUCUUCCUGAACUUUCACGCUAUGAUGCACUUAAAUAUAUAGGUGAUGCUAUUGGUUGGUUUAUUCAGUGGCCACUUUCUUUGGUAAAGCUUUCAAGCACUGAAGCAACUUCUCAGAAUCCAGCAUUGAAGCAACCAGCUCAGGACAACACAUGUUAUCGGCCUGAGUUGGAGGUUCCCAUUGAACAAGACGAAAGUCAUGAAUGUUAUCAAAUUGAUGCGACUAUGAUUGAAAGUUUUGGUGAUGAGUUUCUAUUUGGCGCACAUGAUGUUUCCACUCAACAUGAUGUUGACGGAUCAGAAGAGGAACUGGAUGAGAUGUUUUCCCAGCAUGAGGUUCUUGUUGAACAACCUCAAGCUCCUACAUUGUCAAAGCUUGAACAAGACAUAAAAACCGCCUUGUGGAAUAUCGAGAAUUUGCGCCCUCAAAGUAUGAUUUCAUUGGCUACCCGAUUAACAAAACACUAUGACGGCGAUAUGAGCAUUGAGAUUAAUUGGCCUCAUGGGAUGUACCCAGAAACCGAGUUCAGUCCUCGAGUUGAGAACGUUGAAUAUGAGGGUAUGUUGCAAUUUCUAGCGAACGGGUUGCUUGAUGCCAGCUUUAUACAUUGGUGUCAAAUGUUUUUGUUCGGCCAUCGUCUAAAAAAUGCUACUCAAGUCGCCUACUUCAAUACUCAACGAAUUACCGGGAAAGAGUGUGAGGAAAAUUUGCCUAGUGUUAAAGAACACUUGGUCGAGGUUUACAAACUUCAUGAGGGAAAGAAAUAUUUUCUUGCUCCAUUCUUAUAUAGUCGUCAUUGGGUGUUGUUUAUCGUCUCCCCUUCGGAACGUAAAGGUUGGAUUUUGGAUUCAACUUAUUUGAGGGGCAAGAAGAAUAAAAGUCAUUAUUCUCUAACAAAUGCAAUAGAAACUUCAUUUGGAGGCCGUUUUACUUGGAAGAUGGUUAAAUGUAAGCAGCAAGAAGGAUCAUGGGAGUGUGGAUUCUUAGUAGUUAGAAACAUGUUCGAGUUUGUUAUUUCAAGGCAGUUCGGUUUUCCAAACAAUAUGUGGAACGACACAACAGAGAUAACUGGAGUGGAAAUCGACAAGCUGGUUGAAAACAUCAUGUGUCGGUUUUUUGCAGCUGUGUUUAAUGAUAAAAGCAAGAAUUAGAGACUACCUUAGUAUUGUAGUUUGAACAAUUUUUGUAAACUAAGUAUGAGACUCAUGUUGGUGUUUGGCUGCAUUUUCUGUAAACUGAGUAUGAGACUCAUGUUGGUGUUUGGCUGCAUUUAUAUAUUUUAAG